AUGGCUCAUAUGGAGAAAGUCAAGAUUGUUACUGUUACAUUGAUAUUGUUUGCAGCGUUCAUGGUGCUCCUGCCAAAGACGGAGUGCAUGCUAAGGCCGCCACCACUGAGGCCACCACAACUGGCUCCCCGCCCUCUUUGUGCAUCACAAUUUUCGCUUGCAAACUAUGCUUGUGCACUACUUCCCUUGAGCCCAUUACCACCCUCUCCUCCUUCCCUCAGCGUUAGUGCUGUUAAUGUUGCUGCAGAUGAUGACGACGACGACAAUGAUGAUGAUGACCAUGAUCAUGAUAACGAAGAGCACCAUCACACCCACAGGCAUAGGCGUAGUCAUGGCGGGCACCAGCGUAGGCGUAAGCAACACCAUCAUUCACAAACUGUGGACAAUUGUUGUCGGUGGGCAAGUCAGGUGGACAGCCAAUGUGUUUGUGAGCUGCUAUUUCUCUUGCCCGGCUUUGCAAACUUCCUCAUGAGGCCUUUGCACGAUUACACCCUGCGUAUUAGUGACUCUUGCAACGUUACAUACACGUGCGGUGGGACAAGAAUAAGAGCUUGA